AUGUCUCUGAAGCAGGAAAUCGAGACCUGGGUGGCAGCCCUUGCAAGCUACGACAACAACGAGUUCGAGGAGGCAUUGAAGGUUUUUGAUCAGAUCUCCGACACAUCCAAGAUUCUCUUUAAUUGUGGUGUAAUCCAUGCGACCCUCGGUGAACAUGAGAAAGCGGUCGAAUGUUACCAGCGCGCUGUGCGUCUGGAUCAGUACCUCGCCGUGGCCUACUUCCAACAGGGUGUGUCGAACUUCCUCAUGGGCGAUUUCGAGGAAGCGCUUGCCAACUUCAACGACACUCUCCUAUAUCUGCGCGGAAACAACAAUAUCGAUUAUGAACAAUUGGGCCUUAAGUUCAAGCUUUAUUCCUGUGAGGUCCUGUUUAACCGCGGUCUCUGCUACAUCUACCUGCAGCAGAAGGAGGCGGGUUUGCAGGAUCUUUCAUUCGCUGCGAAAGAGAAGGUGGUACCUGACCAUGAUGUUAUCGACGAAGCUAUCAACGAGCAAGCGGAGGGCUACACUGUUUUCUCCAUUCCUGUCGGCAUUGUAUACCGCCCCAACGAAGCCAAAGUGAAAAACCUGAAGACCAAGGAUUACCUUGGAAAAGCACGUCUCGUCGCUGCAUCAGAUCGAUCCAAUGCGUUCACUGGCUUCGCCGGAUCAGAGGUCAAGAAAGUCACCCAGGCAGCCAAGGACGACAGACCUGAUGAUAAGCUUUCGUACGCUGCGACCAAUCUUGUCAAGCCAGAGCUUCAGAGCAGAGCGCGCCAGCAGUCGGAACCCCCGCUGAACCGCAACGUGUUCCCACCCACACCUCCCCCGGAGGCGGAUCGUAGAUCUGCAGGCAAAUCGGACGCUCCAAUGUCUCGUGCACAGUCUGUACGAGGUGGUGGACCCAAGCCACAGCCCCUCAAUCUGGGAAGAGCUGCAUUUGAUCAACAACAAGAAAAGGAGCCUGCUCCUCGCCGUCUCCAACGCUCUGCAUCAGAACGACCUUCAGAGAGGUCUGUUGACCGAGCACCGCCAAGUCGUUCUGAAUCCACACGGACCCGUCAGCGCGAUUACAGGUCGCGCCGCCGCGGUUCGGACGAUGAUAUUAUUGACGAGUAUUAUGAAGAUGAUGGUUACGAAAAGCCGGCCCGAUCUAGCCGUGGUGCAUAUGGCCGUACAAAAUCAGUUCGAAGACCUGCAUACAUCGAAGAAGAAGAUGAAGACGACUAUGAUGGUAGUGAUCUUGACGAUGCAGAGUUUGAGAUGAUGUCCCGCGCGAAAUCAAGACGACGAUCACCUGCCCGUUCAACGAGAUCCGGUGGCAGCAAUCGUGGCGUAGGCGGCAAAAUCAGAGUCAAGUGUCAUGCCGCCGACAUACGUUACGUCUUCGUCACACCGGACAUGACCAUACGUGAAUUCUGGCAGUCAAUCAGGGAGAAAUUUGGCGUAAGGAACAACUUCAAGGUUGAGAUCAAGGAUGAAGGCGACAUGAUCACCAUGGCGGAUCAAGACGAUCUAGACAUGGCUGUCCAGACAGCCAGAGAACUGGCGAGAAAGGAAGGUAGCGAUAUGCCGAAGAUGGAGGUUUGGGUUCGAGAAGUAUAG